UCCGUAUAAAAAGCGCCCUAUUGUUCCCCAUCGCCACAAUCUCUGGGACCCCUACUUCCACCUGAGUGUGUGACACACUCUCGACCAAACUCGUCUUCUGUUGACCAAGAUCUCCAGAGGCUGAUUUUACCAUGUCUGACCUAGAAGAGGAAUAUGAGGAGCAGGCAGAGGAGGCAGAGGAGGAGCAGGAAGAGGCAGCAGAGCAGGAGGAUGGUGAGCAGCAAGACUACACCGAGUACCAAGAGGAGACCCAGGAAGAAGAGGAGGAACGGCCACGUCCCAAACCAAUGGUUCCUCAACUGGCACCUCCAAAGAUCCCAGAAGGGGAGAGGGUUGAUUUUGAUGACAUCCAUAGAAAGCGAAUGGAGAAGGACCUGACGGAGUUGCAGACCCUGAUUGAAGCCCACUUUGAGCAGAGGAAGAAGGAGGAAGAGGAGCUGAUUGGGCUGAAGGAUCGAAUUGAAAGACGGCGCUCGGAGAGAGCCGAACAACAGCGAGUGAGAGCAGAGAAAGAGCGUGACCGGCAGACCAGGAUUGUCGAGGAGCGCCAGAGGAAGGAAGACGAGGAGGCUAAGAAGAGAGCGGACGAUGAAGCCAAGAAAAAGAAGGUUUUGUCCAACAUGGGGGCCAAUUUUGGUGGCUUCCUAGCAAAGGCGGAGCAGAGGCGAGGGAAGCGUAUGACUGGGCGAGAAAUCAAAAGGAAGACUCUGGCUGAUAGACGCGCCCCUCUUGGCAUUGAAAACAUGAGAGAGGACGGUCUAAGGCAGCGGGCUCAGGAGAUGUGGAACUGGAUCUAUCAGCUGGAGUCAGAGAAGUUCGACUUCAUGGAUAUGAUGAAGAAGCAGAAGUAUGAGAUCAUUGUCUUGCUGAACAGAAUUUCUCAUGCCCAAAAAUUCAAAAAGGGCCAUGGAAAAGGAAAAGUCGGGGGCCGCUGGAAAUGAGCUGUUGCACUCUUGCAAAGCAGAAGAUUUUCAGAAAACAGAAGCGAAAACAGAAAGGAAAGAUGUCAUCAAAACACAUUUCCUCUUUUUCUCUAUCUUUGCUCAUGUACUUUUAUUUUUAGUGGCUGGAAGGGGAAAAGUGAUUGGGUUCAUAGUAAUAAAAAAUGCUCUCCAAUUGAAA